AAGACGGAGUUUUUUGUGCAACUGUACGAGAAGCGAAGGGAAAAAAGCCACAAGCCCAGUUACGAAUGCAGUGUUGUAGUUUUAUUUCAUUAGCAUUCAAAUUCAAGUUGAAAAUGAGCGGCUCCGGCUGUAGCUGCUUCUACAGCUACACCUUGUUAUUUAUAUCGUAUUUUUCUUAUGCGACUAGCUGUAGCAGUAGCUAAGUACUUUCAUUUGGCAUAAUUUAGCACUAGUAUUACUGAUAACCUGUUUUUUUACCGAUACCGCCUCAAGGGCGUGGAGGUCUGCGAGUGCGAGCUGUGGACAAUUAUAUUAAUAUCAAAGUGUUAACAGCAUAAGAUUAGGAACCUCUACCUCUUAUUACCUACAACAGCAUAUUAUCGAAGAUGCACCAAGUGAAAAAACUUCUCAACUGUCAAUAUCUAACAAAGAAGUUACAACGAAGCAGCCACGUCGUCAGGAGCGGGAGCAGGAAGCUUGUUCGGAGAGCAUGAGCAGUCUUCUAUCCUAGACAACAAUUCCACCUGGCCGGCGCUAAAAGAUGAUGAUUUGGAGCAGCUCGAAGACGAAUAUUUUUGGGCCACUGUGGCACAGCAUCCAGAGCUUCCGGCAAUUUUUGGCCGAGGAAGCAAUGGUAAGCGCUGGAGACGGAGGCCGGAAGAGAAGACCGAGAGAAAAAUAAAAGAAGAAACGACAACAUCAUCGUCAGAUGGAACGGAAAAUAAAGGUGAACAAGAUCAUGAUGCUCUGGGCGGAGAAGGUGAUCAUGAUGAUGAGAAAGACAGUAAGAAAACGAAAUGUAGUACGACGACAACGACGAAAAAGAAUAGCAGUGUGCUCGACGAAGAAACUCAGAUGAAACCGGUGGGAAGUAGUUCAGCAGCUACCAACAAGGACGCAGCGCACACCUCUCGCUGCCUCGACUCAUCGCACCUCGGCAACAAGUGUCACGAUUCGGAGCAGACAGCGGGCAUGACACGUAGAAGAUCGGAGCAGGAGGUAAGGAGCACGAAUUUCGUGUACAGGGCUGAUGGCACUGUGGGUGUCGACCUGCCAAUUGGACCUACGAUUAGAUUCGGGCCAACUGUGCGCGGCUUUCGGUCACCUUUGCGUCUUGCUGAGGCCAUUCGUAGCGCUGAUACUCUGGACGAUUAUCGGCGUUCAUCUUCAAUCAGAAAGGGCAAGGGAGACAAGAAGAACGAUGUUGAGUUUUGGGAGGAGCACGCUUCUGCUUUUAUUGGUUCUACGAGUACGACUAAUGAAGUGAAAGAAGCAGCAUCAACGUCGCCAUUCGAGGAGGAAAGCACUGGUGAUCAAGUAGAACAAGAAUCCGAGGUAGAAGAAGAAGAACUCAAGGACCACAGACAUGCGCAAGCAGGACCUCAUCUCGUCACAGAGAAAAAUGAAAAGAAUCUGACACCGGACGUCGAGCAGCAAAGAGAAGGAGGAGUUGCUGCAUCGGAGCAGGAUGCUGAUACGGCAGAUGGUCGUGUGGCGAAGGUCAUGACUCCGAAAGCUGCACGUGUCGUCCUGAAUGCCUCCUCCAGCGACCGCAAGGCGCCGUCUGUGUCUGCUUCGUCAGCAGGUAGCAGAGAAGGUGAAGACAAUGAACUCGACGCAUCACAUCAGACGAAGUCUUCUUCGUUGGUCGAAUCCCGUACGUCACCUGCUACUUCGGCGAGAGAAACUACGCAACACGCAACUUUUCUUGAUAUCGAAGCGCCCGCAUCCUCUCCUGAAACGACUGCUGCUCCAAAAAAAGGUGCUUCUCGAGAGUUCGCUACGACACAGGAUGCUUCAGUGGCUGAUCAGACCGACUCGGGCAAGAGUUAUCGUAAACGAAACACGAGACCGAAAUUAGGCGCCUUUCCUACGGACGUC